AUGGUGGAAAAUGGCAUCAAGUCUGGAAAGAUUGUAAGUCAAGCUGCCUUAAAAGCCACAACACAAGUGCUUCAAAAUGGUUCUGGAAAUAUCGGAGGAAAGAAGAGAAGGGAGGAUGUGACCACUAUUGUAUCAGCACCUAGGACUCAUGUUCUAGGUAAUUCCCCACAACACUAUUUUCCUUCCCAAGCUCCACAAUAUUCUAUGCCAUACACUCCAUAUCAUGUUUUUAAUGCACAACCAAUUGCACCCCCUUCUUAUCCACAAUGGCGUGCACCAACUCCACAAAAUCAUCCACCACCCCCACAAGUUCAUCAAAACACUGCUAGAAUUCCUUUCCGUCCUAGACCACAAUACAAAAAGGGAAAUGGCGUUAAAGGUGAGUUCACUCCUAUUGGGGAGUCGUAUGCUAGCUUGUUUCAAAAAUUAAGGACGUUGAAUGUUUUGAGUCCUAUUGAGAGAAAGAUGUCGAAUCCUCCCCCGAGAAAUUUGGAUUAUUCUCAACACUGCGCAUAUUGUUCUAAUGCCCCAGGGCACAACAUAGAGAGAUGUUGGUAUUUGAAAAGGGCCAUUCAGGAUUUGAUCGAUUCUAAUCGAAUUAUAGUUGAAAGUCCGAGUGGACCCAACAUCAAUCAAAAUCCAUUGCCGAGGCAUACUGAAACAAACAUGCUGGAAAUGAUGAAGGGUCAUGAAGAGUUUGCAUCUCCGUAUAAGCAAAUCCUUAGGGUUGGAACUGGCAUUGAGAUGUCAGCAAAUGUUGUUGAUUUAACAAAAAUGAUGCCUUUAAGGGCGGAAAAUGUGUUAGAAAAGUUGAGUCCAUCAAACACACCCAUCUUAACUAUGAAAGGAGCCCUUGAAGAUGUUUGGGCAAGCCCGAGUAAGGCAAAAUUGUUUGUUCCAAAAGGGCAAAACAAGCCUAUCUUGAUCGUGAGAGGGGCCCAUAUUCCUCCUGUGAUUAUCAGGCCAGUAUCCCAGCUCCCAAUGAAUAACCCCAAAGCUAUUCCUUGGAAUUAUGAGCCUACUGUCGUGACAUACAAGGGAAAAGAAAUUGAUGAACAAAUAGAUGAAGUAGGAGGAAUAACCCGUUCCGGAAGAUGUUAUGUCCCGAUGGAAUUAAGGAAAACUAAAAAUGACCAAAUACAAAUAAAGAGUCCGGUCACUGAAGGAGAGGCAGAGGAAUUCCUAAGGAAGAUGAAACUAUCAGACUACUCCGUGGUGGAACAAUUAAGAAAAACUCCAGCCCAAAUCUCUUUGUUGUCUUUGCUAAUACAUUAUGAUGAACAUCGUAAGGCUGUAAUGAAAAUUUUGAAUGAAUCACAUGUUCCUAGUAAAGUUACAGUGAGUCAGUUAGAGAAGAUUGCUGGGAGAAUAUUUGAGAAAUUGAAUGUUAGUGCUGAAAGGGCCCGACCCAACAAUGUAUGUGUUAGAGCUUUUGAUGGGUCAAAAAUAGAUGUUAUUGGUGAGAUAGAGCUCGUACCAACCAUAGGGCCUGUGGAUCUCGCUGGGAGGCCAUGGGUGCAUAGGGCUGGAGCAGUCCCCUCAAUGUUGCAUCAAAUGAUUAAGUUUGAAUACGACCGACAAGAGGUAAUUGUUCAUGGUGAGGGGGAUUUGUCAAUCUACAAAGACUCUUCCUCCCCUUUUAUCAAGGCGGAUAAUGAGAAUGAGGCACUAGUUUAUCAAGCUUCUGAGGUAGUGGUUAUUGAGCAUGUCCCCGAGGGGAGUGUCAUUUCAAAACCAAAUAUGCCCAUCGCGUCUGUAAUGGUGGUGAAUGAAUUGCUGAAACAUGGGUUUGUGCAAGGGAGAGCUUAUCCUGUGAGUCUAUGA